AUGUUUACUUAUGGUUCUAGUCUCUAUUUGCUCACAGAUCAUUCAUUUCAUGCAGGUCUUCCAAACAUGCCUUGUGGUGUCAGAUGGACUCAGAACGGUGAUACCGUCGCUGGAGGCAACGGAGAAGGCAAUGCUUCCGACCAACUCUUCAAUCCUUGGAGUCUCUAUGUGGAUGAUGAUCAAACUGUCUUGAUUGCUGACUAUGACAAUCACCGUAUUGUGGAAUGGAAGCCUGGUGCAACGAAUGGUCAAGUGCUGAUCGGUGGCAAUGGACCAGGAAACCGGACUGAUCAGUUGAAUGGACCAGCGGAUGUGAUUGUCGACAAGGAGACAGAUAGUCUCAUCAUCUGCGAACGAGAGAACCGACGAGUAACGCGAUGGUCUCGUCGAAAUCGAAAAAGUGGAGAAACGAUCAUAGAGAAUAUCGAUUGUUGGGGGUUGACGAUAGACAAUCAAGGAUUUUUAUACGUCUCUGAUACCCAAACACAUGAAGUGAGGCGAUAUCGCUUGGGAGAAACGAAUGUAACAGUGGUGGCGGGUGGCAAUGGACUAGGUGACCAUCUCAACCAACUUCACUUUCCUACCUACAUCUUUGUUAGUCAAGAUCAUUCUAUCUACGUGUCGGAUAACAGCAAUAAUCGUGUGGUGAAGUGGGUCAAGGAUGCAAAAGAAGGGAUUGUCGUCGCUGGUGAUCGAGGCGAAAGAAAUGAUCUGAUCCCAUUGUACUAUCCUAAAGGAGUGUUCGUCGACUCGUUGGGCACAGUCUAUGUGGCAGACAGUUGGAAUGAUCGAGUAAUGCGUUGGUGCAAUGGAUCGACACAGGAAAAUGUCAUUCUUGGUGAAAACGGUAAAGGACAAAAAGCAAAUCAAUUAUAUUAUCCCAUGAAAUUGUCAUUCGAUUCGCAUGGCAAUCUCUAUGUCGUCGAUAACGGGAAUAAUCGAGUUCAACGAUUCUCAAUCGAAGUCAAUUGA